UAUUAUAUAAACAACUCCUAAUGGUUCAAUGUUAAAAACAAACCAUCCUUUGUCUUCCACAUAGAAUUUUAAACAGUAUUGCAAAAAAAAAAUAUAUGGCUGUCAAGGAUAAGACUAGUAAUAAUGUGAAGGCGAAUGGAGUUAAGGAGGUUCACUUUAGAGGUGUAAGAAAGAGGCCAUGGGGUCGAUACGCAGCUGAGAUCCGUGACCCGGGUAAGAAGAGUCGGGUCUGGUUGGGUACUUUCGACACUGCUGAGGAAGCUGCGAAGGCUUAUGAUGCGGCGGCCAGAGAGUUCCGUGGGCCUAAAGCCAAGACGAACUUUCCUUUGCCGUCUGAGAAUCAGAGCCCGAGCCACAGCAGCACCGUGGAGAGCUCUAGCGGGGAGACUGGUGAGGCGCGUGGUGUUCACGCUCCGCCGGAGCUGGAUCUCGCGCGUCGUCUUGGUGAAGGCGGCGUCUGUGCUGGUGGAAACGGGUACCCGAUUUUCCACCAGCAGCCAACGGUGGCCGUUCUACCAAACGGCCAGCCGGUUUUGCUUUUUGAUUCUAUGUGGCGGCCAGGUGCUGUUAACAGAGGUCAGUUGGCUUACCAGGUAGCGCCUGUAGCGAUGGAGUUUAACGGUGCUGGAGCUGUUCCUAGUGUGUCGGACUCGUCUUCUGUUGUGGAAGAGAACAGUGUUGUUGGGAAAAGAGGACUUGAUCUUGACCUUAACCUUGCGCCACCCAUGGAAGUUUAGUUUAAUUUGAUGACGACGAUAAUUAAUCAGAUGUAAUUUUGUGAGAGAGUGAGAGUACUAAUGGCUGAUUUUUGUAUAUACGCUAAAAGGAUCUGUUUGCUUUUUGCAGCUGAGGGGUUGUUAUGAUGUUCUCUAUGCUGUUUCUACCAUUUGUAACUCAAAAUCCUUUUUUAGACCUUAUGAUUAAUGAGAAAUUCGUGUUUUCUCAA